GGGAGAUCACGAAGGAGAAGCAAACAGAGGAGCUUUCGAACAGAGGAACAAAGAAGAGUGCAAGGAUGGAAGUCCAAUACUGGGGGAACGUACAACAGAGGGUAUUAAACAUCUACAGCCCAAGUAGAAGAAGUAAGAAGGGACAUAGAUUCAGAUUUGUGAGAUUCUUGGAUGUGAAGAACAUAAAGGAGUUGGAAAGGAGACUUGACCAGAUAUGGGUUGGCAAUUUCAAGCUAUGGGUGAAUAUUCCGUGGUUUAGAAACGGAGAACUGAACAGGGAAGAGGAGCAUAGUAAGCUACUAAGAGCGGAGCCAAAGAUACAAAACAGGACGUAUGCAGAGGUGGUGAAGGGACAAUAUGGAAUAGAAGUAGGAGGCGACGCAAAGGCAAAACAGAAAGACAAUGGGAGUAGGAGCCACGGGAGGGAUAAUAGAGGAAGUAGCAUAAGAACGGACCUCCGAAGCAAAGAAAAAACUCUAGUCUGGAAGGAGAAAGGACAGGGGGAACAAUGGCCUAGCAUGGAUUACAAUGUAAAGGAAGAAGAAUAUUCAUGGCUAAAAGGAUGCUAUGUGGGGAAGGUCCAUUUCGUUGAAAUGGUUCGAAAUCUACAGGAGAAGUUCUAUAUGGAAAGCUAUUUCUCUUAUAGAAUUCGUGCAAUGGGGGGUAAAUUGGUGCUGCUAGAUUGUGAUGAUAAAGAGGAAUUGAAGGACCUGGUAGAGAUGGCAUCAGAUUGGUUAGAGCAAUGGUUUGAAGAGGUGAGCCCAUGGACACCAGAGAAAGUGGCAUCUGAAAGAUUUGUUUGGAUUAGGUGCCAAGGAGUUCCUCUAAAUGAUUUCUUGCCUACCUUCCAAAGCGACUCAGAAGAACAGGAAUCCUGGAUGAUGGAAAGUGAGGAAGAGGAUUUGGGUAGUGAUGGUGCAAAAGAAGCACGAGGUGACAAUGGAAGACACAAGGAAGCUGAGGUUGAUGAUGAUGACAUGGCAAGCUACUGGGAGGAGAGCAACGAUAAACCUAUAGCACAAGCCUUGAGGGGAAGUGAGAUGACAGUUGAUAGGGUUACUGACACCCUGCAAAAAAUUCAAACCGAGAUGGAAGGGGAUUUCAAAAUAGAUAGGGAGCUUUCGGGGGGAAAGAGAGGGAGAUUUGAAACAUCAGCUGGGCUCAUGAAUGAGGAAGAGUAUCUUUUGGGCCUAAACGAACAUAGUAAAAUGAGGUCUAAGGAGGAGUCCAAUAAGAAGGAAAAAUACCAUCAAAGGGAAGCAGGGUCGGUGAACAUCAAUAAUGGAGGCCACGAACCCUUCGAGAUAGGGUAUGAGAGGGAAGAGGACAGGCUAGCAGAAUGGAUAGAAGGAAAAGCCGAAGGGAUCCCAAAGAAGAGCAAGAGGCGAAUCAGAUCAUGCAGUUUGGUUUACUCGAAAGAGGGAUUCACACAACAAUUUUGGCAAGAAAGAAGAGGCCGAAGAGGAAGAAGGCGAGGCUUUGUGGAAAACAGAGCACAACCGGGUUUCGUGGCAAGCCCAACAGGAGAAGUAGCUGGGGAGUCUAUUGGAGACAACUGUAUUCAAAACUGCAAUAGAUCAAUCAAGAAGUUGAAGGAAAGGCUGAAAUUCACUAAAAAUGCUCUCAAGUUGUGGAGCGGAAGCUCAAUGACAGCAAUUGAUAAGAAAAUUAAGGAGGUUGAAGUAGAGAUUGAAAAGCUGGAUAAGAAAGGAGAAAAUAGUCUAUUGACUCACAUAGACAUAGUAGAAGGAGAAGCCCCAGGCCUGGACAGCUUCAAUUUUAGAUUCAUGAAGUCCAUGUGGGAUGACAUUAAAACCGAGGUGAUCGGAUUUGUAAAGGAAUUCCAAGAACAGGGCAGAUUAGUAAGAGGGUCUAAUGCCUCAUUCAUUGUGUUGAUCCCUAAAACCGAGAAUCCUCAAACAAUUGAAGAAUAUAGACCCAUAUCCCUCAUUGGUGUCAUGUAUAAGGUGAUUGCAAAAUUACUAGCAAGCCGCCUUUGCAAAGUGCUACAUAAGAUCAUCGGGGAACAACAAAUGGCAUUUAUUAAGGGUAGACAAUUGGUGGAUGGAGUAGUCAUUGCAAACGAAGUAAUUGAUGAAGCGAAGAGGAGGAGGAAGAAAAGCUUUGUGUUCAAAGUGGAUUUCGAGAAAGCAUACGACAAGGUGUACUGGAACUUUAUUGAUUAUAUGCUAGAUCGAAUGGCCUUUAGUGCUACUUGGAGGAGGUGGAUCCAAGAAUGCUUGAAAUCGAGCAUGGUCUCAAUUCUAAUCAAUGGGAGUCCAACACGUCAAUUUCCGGUCACAAAAGGCAUCCGACAAGGAGACCCUCUAUCCCCCUUUUUAUUCCUGAUUGUGGUAGAGGGUCUAAAUGGAUUGAUGACAGUAGCUAUUGACAAAAAGCUGUAUAAGGGUGUGGAGGUCGGAAAGGAUACAGUAACAGUUAUUCACUUACAAUUUGUGGAUGACACCAUAUUCUUUGGGGAGGCCUCCGAGCAAAAUGUAAGGACAAUUAAGUGUAUUUUGAGGACAUUCGAAAUGGCAGCAGGGCUGAAAAUAAACUUUGGAAAAUGUCAGCUAAUGGGCAUAGGGGUGGAUGACGAUUGGAGAAACAAAAUGGCCUAUAGACUAGGCUGUAAAGAAGGGGAAUUCCCGAUCAAAUACCUGGGGAUUCCCAUUGGGGGGAACCAUAGAAGGCUUAAGAUGUGGCAGCCAUUGCUUGAUUCGGUUACGAAGAAAUUGUUGAGUUGGAAAGGGUGGUAUCUCUCCCAAGGUGGUCGAAUUACACUUAUUAACUCAGUGUUGUCUAGUCUUCCCGUGUUCUUGAUGUCCGUCUACUUGAUCCCAAAAGGUACGCUUAAUUCAAUUGAUAAAAUUCGUAGAAAUUUUUUAUGGGGGGGAAAAGGAGUGGAGAGAAAAAUUAAUUGGGUAAAGUGGGAUAUGAUUUGCAAAGAUAAGGAGUACGAGGGGCUAGGUGUGAAAGAUUUAAAGAAGUUUAAUUUAGCGCUAGUGGGGAAAUGGUGGGGUCGGUUAGCAACAGAAGAAGAGGGUCUAUGGAAAAGAGUCAUUAGAGGAAAAUAUGGAGGGGGAGGGGGACAUUGGCAGAACUGGGUGAGAAAUGGAAAUGAGGGGGGCUCUUUAUGGUGGAGUGACGUCCAAAGGAUUAAUAAUGCUAAGAGGGACAAUGUUGGCUGGUUAGCAAAGGGGUUUAGAUUAAAGAUGGGGGAGGGUAAAGAGGAAGAAGAGUCGGCCUAUGAGCUAUCAAAAAUGAUCGAGGAAGUGAAAAUGCAACCAGGAAUCACAGACAAAUGGGAGUGGGUGCACAAGAGGGACGGCAAGUACUCAUCUUCAUCAGCUUAUUCACUGCUGUUAAAUGCCCAGCAGACUCCAAAUGAAAAAUGCUUUAAAAGAAUCUGGAAUCACAGUAUUCCAAGCAAAAUUGCAGCAUUUAACUGGAGAGUUGUGCUUGAUAAAAUACCAACCAAAAAGAACUUGUUGAAAAAAGGAAUUGACAGUGUGAUGGAUGAUGUGAAGUGUAGGCUCUGCGAGGAGGAAGAUGAAGACUCAGCCCACCUGUUUCUGAGAUGCAAAGUAGCGAAAUGGAUUUGGAAGGAGUGUGCUAAAUGGUGGGGGAUUUCUAUAAGGAUGGAGACGGACUGAUGGAAAACCUUCGACCACCUUGAGGCAUGGACCAAUGAUAAUCGGCUCAAAAAUGGAUGGGAUUGCAUCUGGAGUGCAGUGAUCUGGUCAAUUUGGCUUCUGCGGAAUAGAAAGAUAUUUCAAGGCCAGGAAACAAACAUGGGUAAGCUGCUGGAGUUAAUUCAAUUAAGAUCUUUUUUUUUGGAUUAAAUCAAGUAAGGCUGGUUGUCACUUUUAUCUUUCAGAUUGGUUUGUGUAAUCCUAUAGCUUGUCUUACGAAUGGUUAAGAGUAAGCCUAAGAGAAGAAUAGUUUGAAAGAUAGGAGUAACAAAUGUAGCCUAUUCCUUCUCAGUUCUUGUGUAAGUAAUUAGGUGGAGUACUGCUUGUACAUCCAUACUAAUCUUAAUAAAUUACCUUUGCUAUG